AUGUCGGUGUCUGGCGGCUCUGACCGCGUCGCCAAUACUAGCGAGAAGCACGACGUUGAGAAUGUCGAGAAUACACUGACGCCCCGUGAGGGCAACACGCUGACCACGCUCGACGGCAGCGAGGUCCAGAUGACGUGGAAGACAUGGCUGGUGAUUUUUAUCCUCUCGUCGACCUUUGGUCUCUCCUUCUGGCCCGUACCGACGACGGGUGCCAUGCAGAGCCAGAUCGUCGCCUGGUUCGGCGGCGACCAAGCCCUCGUGGGCUGGUAUGUUCCCGCCUACACGACUGCCAACGCCAUCGGCUUCCUGCUCGCCGGCACCAACUCGGACCUCUUUGGCCGCCGCAUCUUCUUGCUGUUUGGCAACGCCGUCUGCUGCGUCGGGUUUAUUGUCACUGCCACCGCCCACGAGUCUCAGCAGUUCAUCGCCGGCCUCGCCAUCACGGGCUUUGGUGGCGGGUUCUGCCAGAUGGCCAUGUGCUCCAUCCCCGAGCUGAUGCCCAACAAGUACCGUCACAUUGGCAUCUGCCUGUCCGACGGCUUCGUCUUUGUCAUUGUCGUCAUCGGCCCCAUCGUCGGCAAGUACGUCAUCGACGGCGCCCAGAGCACCUGGAAGUACGUGUACUGGGCCGGCUUCGUGGCCCAGUUCCUGUCGCUGCUCGGCAUCGGCUUCUUGUACUUCCCGCCCAAGCACCCGCGCGGCAUUCCCUGGAAGGACGCCCUGCGCGGCCUCGACUACGUGGGCUGCGUCCUGGUGGUGCCGGGCAUCUGCUUGACGCUCGUCGGCAUCAUCAACACGACGAGCAAGGCGUCCAAUUCGCCCGCCGUCGUGGGCCCCCUGGUGUCCGGCUUCGGUGUGCUGGUUCUGUUUGGCAUCUGGGAGACCGUGUCCAGCGUCAAGUACCCGCUCUGCCCGCCGCACAUUUUCCGCUACAAGAACGGCCGCGAGUUCACGGCGCCUUUUGUCGUGGCCUUUAUUGUCACCAUGUUCUACUACAGCAUCAACGUCAUCUGGCCGACCAUGGUCUCGGUCUUUUAUGUCGAUGCAACAACCCCCCGCUCGACGCAGCUCCUGCUCACGCUCCCCUCCAGUCUCGGCCUCGUCUUUGGCGCCAUGCUGCUCAUCUGCUUCGGCGACUGGAUCAAGCACUGGAAGCUCACCCUCAUCGUCGCCUGGAGCGGCAUGACCCUCUUUGGCGGCCUCAUGGCCCUCUGCACCCCGUACAACAAGGGGUUCAUGGUUGCCUUCUGCUUCCUCAUGCAGACCUUCUUCGGCUGGGCCCAGUACGAGAGCAUCGCCUUCACCCAGCUUGGCGUCCCGCAAGAAGAGCUCGGCAUCUCCGGCGGCCUUGCCGGCGUCGGCCGCUAUGCCGGCGGCUCGCUGGCCACGGCCAUCUACAUGUCUGUCCUCACCAACACCCAAAAGGCCCGCGCCGCCGCCACGGUGCCCCAGGCCGCCAUUGCCGCCGGCCUCGACCCCCAGUACGGCGAGCAGCUCUUGGCCGCCUUCUCGCUCGGCGCGUCCGCCCUCGAGGCCGUCCCCGGCACCAACGCCGACAUCCUCGCCGCCGCCAGCAGCGCCUUCAAGUGGUCCUAUGCCCACGGCCUCAAAAUCACUGCGCUGUCCUCGCUGUCUUUUGCAGGCCUUGGUCUGAUUUGCGUGUUCCUGUGUCUCGACAUUGGCGACAAGAUGAACGGCAAGACCGAGAUCUUCCUCGAGAACGAUGUGCACCACGAGAAGAACAAGUAUCACUAG